GAUCAGACAGAGCUGAGAUCUUAUCCUGCAGGACUGCUUUAUGCAUAACUGUUUAUGGGAAUGCAUCAGCUGUCCAAAGCCUCUGUCUCUGAAUCCUCUUGGCUGUUGGCUGUUGGGUCAUACCGACCAUGGCGUACACCAACACCAGCACACCGCCAGCCAACUUCAGUGGAAAUGCGGAUGGCCAUGACACCGGGGGAAACAUCUACAGACCCUUCUCUGUUUUCAGCGUGCUCACUCUUACUUUAUUGGCAAUGCUGGUAUUGGCCACUUUUGUGUGGAACCUGCUGGUGCUGGUCACGAUCCUGAGGGUGAGGACAUUCCACCGAGUGCCUCACAACCUGGUGGCCUCCAUGGCCAUCUCGGACGUGAUGGUGGCGGCACUGGUCAUGCCGCUCAGCCUGGUCCACGAGCUGAACGGCCGGCUGUGGAAACUGGGGCGCGUGCUGUGUCAGGUGUGGAUCUCCUUCGAUGUGCUCUGCUGCACGGCCAGCAUCUGGAACGUGACAGCCAUCGCGUUGGACCGAUACUGGUCCAUCACCAGGCACUUGGAGUACACGCUCAAGACUCGCAAACAGAUAUCCAACGUGAUGAUUGCGCUCACUUGGCUUUUGUCCUCCAUUAUCUCCUUGUCACCUCUGUUCGGCUGGGGAGAGACAUACUCGGAGGGAAUGAAGUGCCAGGUGAGCCAGGACCCAUCCUACACCAUCUUCUCCACCUUUGGAGCAUUUUACCUUCCACUUUGUGUGGUUCUGUUUGUUUACUGGAAGAUCUACAAGGCUGCCAAGUUUCGAAUUGGUUCCCGCAAGACAAACACUAUCACACCUAUGGCUGAGGUUAAGGACGAAGCCCAGCAGCCUCAGAUGGUGUUUACUGUGCGCCACGCAACUGUGACCUUCCAGACGGACGGGGACACGUGGCGCGAGCAGAAAGAGAAAAGAGCCGCGCUUAUGGUCGGCAUUUUGAUCGGUGUGUUCGUACUUUGUUGGAUCCCCUUUUUCAUCACCGAGCUCAUUGUGCCCCUGUGUUCCUGUGACAUCCCGCCGAUUUGGAAGAGCAUCUUCCUCUGGUUGGGUUACUCCAACUCCUUCUUUAACCCACUCAUAUAUACCGCGUUUAACAAGAACUACAACAAUGCCCUGAGGAACCUCUUUUCCCGGCAGCGCUGAGCCGCUCUGCACCUCCUGGCCAAAACACACCAGCUUGCACUGUUUUAUUCCGCCAAACAAGAAAGGACUAAUCCAUGUCUUUCACUCCAUCAUCCCUCGUAUGAGUGAUAACCAAAAACAGUGUCUAGAAAAAAAAUGAUAAUUUGUCAGUUAUGUUAAUUUUUAUGUUUGUUUAUUAAAGACGAAACCUCCCAGCUGGACUGUGAAGGAUGUCCUGUUAAUGCAUCUACAACGUGAGUGAUUAAUAAAUCACUUUUGUGGCAGCACAUGAAACAGCGCUGUCCACGUGUUGGUUCUCUCUUUGUUAGGCCAAUGGAGAAGAAAGGCAUCCUAGUUUCUCUUGAAACACAGCUCAAUUAUGGUAUGAGAGACCUCUGGGAAUGAAGCAAGGGCUGGAAGAAACUUUCAAGAAAAAUAUUUCAGAGGCAAACAGAAUGAACCUCAUUCAUAAUAAACUGAGAACCAACUGUGGAUUCUGUGCAGAAAGAGACACAAAAAUGAUCACUAUGGAUAACAUUUCAACAAAAAGAGGAACUGUAGAGGCUGAGACCUCAAAGAAAGCCAGGAGCUAUCUAAUAUAACAUGUCCUCAUAAAGUGGUGUCACUUUCAUUUUAAUCCAAACGUAUUUGUACAUACGCUUUGUUCCCUGAAGCGGACUAGCUCUGCUCUGUACCUCCCACACAUUUUCGACAUCAACACUCACAAGGGAGUAAAAAAAUAAAUCAUGGAACAAAAGUCAUUAUUUCUCUUGCCUUUAUAUAAAUAUGAUGAUGAUGAAAGGAAACCACAAAUGACUGCAUGGAAGUCCAAUUUUGUUAACUAUCAGGAUACAGAUGAUAUGAUAUUAAUGGUUCUCUACUGCAGCACACAUUUAAUGAAUUUAAGAAGUGUUGCCAUUCUUCUCUUUUGCCGACAUUCUACCUCUCCUUCUCAGCUUGAUGAAAUACUGGUUGUUCUUUUUUUCACAAAGCUGGAUUAACACACAGAAAAGAAAACACCCCUUGGAUCUCACCUUGGCAGGAGAACAAAAGAUGGCCUGAGAAGUCACAAGAAAUAUGCCAUUGUAUUGUGAAGGUAAAAUGCUGAAAUUAUUCAUAAUUGCAGAAUGACUACCGUGCAUUAUACUGUGCCAAGUGAUUUUUGGAAAAAGAAAAGCUAAUACCAGGAAAUAUCUCUACCGUUCUUCAAGAAAUAUCACAUGAAAGAAAAGUCAUUAUUCAGUCUCGUGGUGUUGUCCUUUUGUGGAGCCUAUUUUUUCUACAAUAUGAGUGUUUCUGCACAAAUUGCCGCUUUCUACCUAAAGUGUUCAACACUGCAGAAUCACUGAGUGAAUGUUUAUGUAGUUGUGCACUUAAAUGUAAUGUGAAGAGUCAAAGCAUGAGAAACUGACCUUAAGCAAACAGUUGCACUAGAUGGAGUCAUGUUGCGCAGUAACAUUCCUCGUGCCAUUUGUGAUGGGAGAAGAUCAAACAUGUUUGGUCAAACUAGCUCAUGUAGCAGUCUUGUGAAAAUCCUGGAUCUUCUUGUGUGUUGAUUCUGACUUCUUCUAAUAAAUUGAAUAAAAUGUUAGG